CGGGGCCGGGGCCGGGCAGGCCGGGCGGAGCGGGCCCGGCGGGCGCUGUGCGCAGAGCCGCGCAGAGCCGGCUGCCCUCGGCCGCAGCGCGCCCCGCCAUGCCCGGAGUGGCCGCGCUGGGCGCCGGCCCCGACCCCGAGGAGAGCUACGACUUCCUCUUCAAGCUGGUGCUGAUCGGCGACGCCAGCGUGGGCAAGACCUGCCUGGUGCAGCGCUUCAAGACCGGGGCCUUCUCCGAGCGGCAGGGCAGCACCAUCGGCGUGGACUUCACCAUGAAGAGCCUGGAGAUCCAGGGCAAGCGGGUGAAGCUGCAGAUCUGGGACACGGCGGGCCAGGAGAGGUUCAGGACCAUCACGCAGAGUUACUACCGCAGCGCCAACGGGGCCAUCCUGGCCUACGACAUCAGCAAGAGGGGCUCCUUCCUGUCCAUCCCUCGCUGGAUCGAGGAUGUCAGGAAGUAUGCUGGCUCCAACAUCGUGCAGUUACUGAUUGGAAACAAGUCUGACCUAAGUGACCUUAGAGAGGUUCAGCUGGAAGAAGCUCAGAGCCUGGCUGAACACUAUGACAACAUCAUCUGUGCCAUAGAGACCUCGGCGAAGGACUCCAGCAACGUGGAGGAGGCGUUUGUGAAGAUGGCCACAGAGCUGAUGAUGAGGCAUGGAGGGCCCAUGUUCAGUGAGAAGAACACUGACAGCAUCAAGCUUGACAGCAAAGAUGUUGUGGAAGGCUGGGGGUGUGGUUGCUGAUAAGAGCUAGCUGAUAUCCCUAACUUUACUGGAGUUUAGAUGGUGCUUCACCCUAAUGCUGAGUAGCAUGGUAGCCAUAUUCUCCUCCUCCUGUGAAACCAGCAAUUUUGUAGAAGUUAGACACAAUCCUGUUUGCUUUGGUGUCUUAUUUUUAAAAAGGGACUUCAGAGAGGUGGUCCUAAAAGUCAAACCCUCUGAAAAACUUACUCAACAUUUGUCCCCACGGUUUUAUUUUCUGUAACCUUCAUACAAGUUACAAAAAUGGAUGGAACUACUUUGAACUUGGUAUUUUGGGGUGGGAAGACAUUUCGUUGAGGAAGAGACUGAUGCAAACCGAAAGGUCUGAGCCUUUAGCAUGGGACUGGUGGCAAAGGAGGUGACUUUUGGAAUAGACAGUUCUGACAGUAUCCCUUCAAAUCCUCAAAACUCCACCAGUGACCAGGAAGUGUCAGUGUCUUUGAUAAUGGUAUUUCAAGGGCCAUAAUAGCCAAGAUUUUGAUUACAGGACCAAAUAGCAGCCACCUGUCCUAGGGCAUAUGGAUUGCUAGUUGCUAUUGAAGCAGGCCCGGGUGGGGGAGCUUCUCUCAGGUUUUGUUACCAUUUGAAAUUAGUGUUUUAACAGAAAGCAAAACCAGCCUGAGCACUGUCACUGGACCAGGGUGGUGAUUUAAAGCAGCCUUGAGGAGAGGGAAGAUGCAUUUCAUUUGCCUGUUGUUUGCACAGUGAUAGCUCCUUUUUCCAGGUGGAAGCAUCACUGAGAUUUUGCCCUCAGGUCUCAUCAUUUCAUUCCACAACUCAAGACCUGCACCACUGGAAACGGGAACUGGAGAAAUCUUGAACUGACUGUAGCCAAGAUCUCUUGCCAUGUGCCUAAUGGUCAAAUACAGGGUGCAUUCUGGUCACACAUUUCAUGCUACAUUACCAGAGUGCAUAAGUGGCAUAAGUGGAUUUGAUUUGUUUAUUGGUUUUGUUUUUUAAACCAUCUCUUUAAAUACUGCAUGGGCAUAUAAUGGGAAAGAAGACCUCAGAAUAGCUGAGAACUGCAUGAUUGUGACUUCUUGGUUGUGAGAAACCAGUGUCUUUUUGAGUGAUUCUCUCCCAGCUUUGUACCCAGAUGUUCCCCUCUCCCUAUCACAAGUUACCAGCUGCUUUUCAUUUCUUUAAAACACUCAGCAGGAAAAGUCUUAUGUAGACUUUUGAUCCAUCAUAGUGGAUCAAAAGUCUACAUAAAGUAAAAUAGAUUUCAUAAUGCAGUUCUUUCAGAUGCAGCUCUGUAGAGUACCUUGUAGAUGUAGCUGAGGUUCUGAUGGACUCCUCUGCAGUUACACUCUCAGGCAUCUUACAAAAGUGGAUUUGCAAAGAGAGCAGGAGCAGCAAUAUUUUAAACUCUGCAGAUAAAGCAGAGGUAUUCAGGUAUGACAAGCAAUUUUUGCAAUCCUGAUAAUUUGAAGGAGUCACUUUCAAGAAGCACCAUUUGAAGUGAAGGUCUUGCCUCUUUGAAAAAUCCAGAUCAAAAAGGACUUGAAUUAUUUUGCUAUUGGGGCUGCACUAGUUCAGUCAUCCAACCUAUCCAGUGUCAUGAAAAUUAGGAAGAUUUAGGAAAGGGCUAAUGGAUACCGAUUUUAAUCCUAUUCAUCUUCCUGUAGCAAAUAUUGAACCAUUCUUUCCUCUUUCUGGUUUUUUAAACUGUGAGGUAGAUAACUGAGGAGUAAUGUGUGCUUUGUAGCCUGUUUGCUUCUGUCUAAGGGGUUAGUUUUCAGAUUUUAUAGUUGUGAGAAUGAAAAGGCCUUAAAUUUUUCAACUAGUAUAGUUUUCACAGUUCUGAUAUUUUCUACAGAAAGGCAGGCUGAGCUGCAGUACUUGGUAGUGGUUUUGGGGGGUUUUCCAUGAUAUUCCUACUUCCAAAGAUAGUAGGCAGUAAAUGCCCAGUUAGACAUUUGGGAAUGGGAAUGAAAAUGGGAAUUUCCACACCCUGGAGUUGUUGGUGUAUCCCCUAUAUUCUGUUCUCAGGAGGAACUGUGAAGACAGUCCAAGCAAAAACCAAGUGACUGCUUUUCCUGCUGGUGAGGUACAGAAUAUUUGCAAACAUUUAACUUUCUGUCAUGACCCAUGACAGCUUGAAUCUGUAGGUCAUGGUCCUGCAGUUCUGCUUGAGCAGGGAGCCGCAGAUGAGCUCAGCCCCCACCACCUGCAGCAUUAGUGCCAAAUUAUUGAAUGCUGAGAAAAACCCGUAUGCAUUUAAGAACAGUAUUGCUACUUCUCAGACUGAAAUCCAUAGUUUACAUAGUAACUCAUCUUAAAACUGGAACAAGAAGCAACAUGAACAUAAAUCCUGCUUCCAGUGCAGCCAGUGGAUGAUUGUGUUUUUACAAUAGAUGAAGAACUGAGGAAUUACUGAUCCAUCUUCUUUGUUUUGAGGUUUGUUUAGUGAAUAAGUAGAAUUAGACCAGGCACUACACUUUUCAUAUAAUUUGCCUGGAUUUAUUUCUUAAACUAGGCUUGAAGGAUGAGGCUCUGUCUGCAGGUCAGUCUGGCUCAGUCAGAAAAUGUGCAAUACAGCAGCAGUGAUUUGUUUGCUGUACUUUAAAUGAAGGCAGCAGUUCCAAUUUGUUUUCAGUUUCCUGCAGAAAACUAAAACCAUGGUUUUAAAUCAGUUUUAUGUUUUAACUCUUGGCUCUUCUGUGUUGUAACAAGUGGAGUACAAGUUUGCAUGCCCUCCUAGCUGAACAAAAGAAUUAGAAUAAGACUUGGUUUUUUGGGUUUUUUAAAAUUUUUUCAGAAGACACUUGAAGACCUGGUUUAUUUUUUAGGUUAGCAGCUGGAGGUGCUUGGGCUGUCAGUAGUUAAAGUUUACUUUGAUUGCCAAACUCUUCCUUUGUUCACUACCCACUAGGCUGGGAGCACCUUGACCAGAAAUAAACAGUAAAUGUGGAGCAAUAAAUCUGUGAUUUACGGGCAAAAACCUGAGUUUCACCUCUAAGGGUAUAAAUGGGCACUGAUGUACAUCAAGUGAAUAAUUCAGUAAUGCUUGUUCAGAGUUCACAGCAUAAACACUUGCCAAGAAAUCUGUUUACUGCCAGUUGAACAUUAACAAGGCUAUGGUGCAGUAAUUGCUUUUAAGCAGAUCUCUUUGGCUGAUCAUGUAUUUGCAUUUGUGUUUAUAAUUUCUUUUUGGCAGUACCAAAGUGUGCAAAAAUAUUACAAAAGCACAGGAAGGGACAUUGAUUUCUGCCUUGUAGCACUUGGGAGUGGAAUGCAGAAGCAGAUACUGAAAUGAAAUCAUCAGCAGAAUGUGGUUCCCAGGAGCCUUUGUUGCCCUUUGUAUUGAUUUUAAGCUAAUUUUAUCUCCAGUUUCUCAUCCAGUCCAUCAUCAAGGGUGGAACUUGUACAAAUAUUUAUAAUUAUGCAAAUAUAAAACAAAAUGUCGGCCCAGAAACCUGCUAACAUUUGUUUUGCAAAACAGAAUUUGAGAAAAAUGAGCAUACUUAAGAAGAGAGGAGAAGUCCUGAUUAUUUUCUUACUGUCACUGUACUGGCAAGCAGGUUUUUCAGGGGUGAAAAUCUAAAUGAAGCCCAGCUGAAAGCACUAAAAGCUUUCCUGUUAGCUAAUACUGAUAGAUUUCAAAGAGCUUCACCAAAAGCAGAGCUCUCGCUCCUUUUGGGUGCCUAGACUGUCAUAUGUGAAAACAAGGGUUUGGAAGAUUGUGCUUUGGACAUGGCAUGCAAACUUGUCUUGAAAACAUUUUUUAAAAUGAGCCAAGAGCUGAAUUUACACAGACAUGAAAGCUGCAGACAGAUGCCUCCCAAUGUCUUCAAAAGCAUCUCAGUACCGUUGCAAAUAAAGCACAGAACUUGUGUGGAAGUGGUUUUGCACUAAAGGGAAAUAAUUAUCAGAAAAAAAAAUCAUUAAUGUGAAAGGCAGAGCAUCUUGAUUAUUCUGCCUUUUUCAUGUUCAUUUCCUAGUUCAAUGCUGUGUAUAAGUAAGAUUUUUCCCUUUAUAAAUGAUAUUAAAAUAGAUAAAGUGUGAAAAGUAGUUUGAUACUUGACAAAAUAAAUGCUUUCUUAGGAGAGUGAUAAUAUUGAUGAGGAGAAUAAUUUUGCUAAUAGGGUUUGGUGGUGCAGUAUCAGGGCUUCCCCACAGAGUUGUGUUGGAAUGAUGUGAGACACAAAAACCAUUCCCAAAACAGGGGAAGCCAGUGGGGAACACCAGACCCUGUCCUGCCUGGCAGACAGAAAGUAGAUACAGGCUGGUACUGAGCAGAAGGUGAAUUUAGUUCUUUGUAAGUGUUUUUAAAGAUUUCUCUUUGAGAUUUCUGAUAGGCAGAUGUGCUCUGUGCUGUCAGCCAGAUUUUCCCUCUCCUGUGCCUCACUCGCUGAGAUCUGACAGGUAAAAACCCCACAACUCCAGAGAAGGGAGCAUCCCAGCCAGUCUGGCUCACACACACCUCUGGGGGGGAAGGAAAAAAUCUCUAAUUCAUAUUGAAUUCAUUCACUGCAUUCCAAAAUUAUUUCAGGGGUUUGGGUGAUAACAGUGUUAAAAUGGUUCUGCAUUUUCUAGGACAAAUCUGUUGCUUUUCAAGGUUUCUUCGAGAGAUGCAGGCUGAACAUUUCUAAUCAUCAGUAUCUAUUUUGCUUUUAAACUUUCUUAUCACAAUACUGACGAAAUUAUUUGAAUAUGAGGAGACAAGGGAGCAAGCUUGCAUACUACGGUAAUUUUUUAUACUUUACCUUCAUCUAUUUAUGAAUUUAUUAUGAAAAGUAUUUUUAAACAUGAAACCUGCUUUUGUUGUGAAUUUUAGCAAAGUAGUGGAUAUAUUGUACUGUGUAUCAUUAAAAAGGUUUAAUUAAAGUAAACAUUUGGCAAUUAA